AUGGCUGUAGAAAGGGAGGAGAAUGAGCUUAGUGAGGCGGUUAGAGGGCUGUUUGCAACAGUGAGAGGGGAACUGGCAGCAGUGAAGGAGGAGUUGGCAACGGUGAAAGGGGAGGUGGCAGCAGCAGUGGCGGACAAGGCGACACAGCAGAGUGCACGAGGGUUGUUGUUGGAGAGCAGGCGCACUCCGUGCAUUGGGCUCGCCCCAUCAGCCAUGGCUCGGAUGACUGCAGUGGCCAUGCUGCUGCCAGGGCUGCUCGUCGCCCUCCUUCUUGCCGCUGCCAUCAGCAUCACACCAACUGGCAGGAAGCACGCCAAUUCCCAAAUGGAAAGAGUAAGUGGAGCUUCUGGGUCUGUCAUGGCUAGUAUGGCCGGAACACAUGAGUUGAAAGAGGCGAUGGAUUUGAGAAUGAGGGCGCUUGGCGUGCAGCUGGAAGAGACAAGGAAGGAGUUGGAGGAGGCUGAGAGGAGACGAGUGUCGGAGAUGGGUGAGGUGAGAGGGCAGGUGGAGGAGAGGGGGGAGGAUUUGGCAGCAGUAAAGGGAGAGUUGGCUGCAGUGCAGGGGGAGCUGACAGCUAUGAAGAGGGAGCUGGCUGAACACAAGGAUGCUAUGGCAGAGCAAGUGGAGGCUAGAAAGGAGUCAAGUGAGAUUAGGGAAGAAUUGGCAGCUUUAAAAAGAGACUUGAGGAGGCAGAGGGACUUGGCGAAAAGUCAGAUUGAGGAGGUUGACAAAAGACACGGAGAGGAAUUGAUAGAGCUGAGAGGACAGGUGGAGGAGAGGAAGAGGGAGUUGGAGAAGGCUGAGAGGAGACGAGUGGAGAUGGCAGCAGAGCUGGCAGCAGUGAAGGGGGCGUUGGCUGGGCACAAGGAUUCUGUGAUAGAGCAACUCCGUAUGACUGAGAGAAGAAGGGAGUCAGGUUUGAAAGAGCUUAUUGAGGAGGUUAGAAAGAAAGAGGAUGAGAUGAGAGCGGAGUUGGCAAUCGAGAGGGAGGAGAGGAGGAGGGAGGUGCAGGAGUCGAAUUGGCCACGUGCCAUGGAGGAAUUGGCAGCGUGCAGGAAUUGGGUGAAUAUUGAGAAGGAAAUCAGCCAGAGUCAAUGCCAUCAGAAGACUGCAUGGGAG